AUGACCGUCGAGUCGUUCUCUGGUCGCAUCCCUGGUCCUGUCGACGCUAGAUCUUCCUGUUGGUGUCCAGCCUUCAAUCCUUUGCUUCGCGCUAAUCAUGCUCCUAAGGCCAUGCCAUUUUUAGAUUUACCUGUGGACCUCUUUCUGGCUGUUUUUCGCUUCCUCAGUCUUGACGACAUUCUGAGGAUAAGACGGGUCUGCAGGCUUCCUAGCGUCUGGCAUCUCCUUCUUCGCACACAAAUCAUAACGCAGAGUAUCCCUUUCCCUUCAGGCCCUCCGGGAUGGCUUAAUAACCUAGGGGCAGGGAAGCUCGAAGGCCUCGUUGUCCGCGCUGUUCGAUCCCGCCGCAACUGGACUUCGCCGUCGCCUCGCGCCACGAGGCAGCUGGAAAUUAGUAUCGGGCCGACUAGAUUACCUGCCCAGGAAAGACGGGUUAUCGCCCUCAAAUUUUUAACUCGUGGCCCACACUCCUACAUUCUGUCCGCCGCCCUCAGUAUUCAUGCGCGGCCGAAUCCUGCCCAGCUCUCUAUCGAGUGCUGGGAUAUCAACCGCACCCCCUUCUGCAUCGCGAGGCGUCAAGGGCCAUGGCUAGGUGGAUGUGCCUUCAAUAAAGAUGCUUCUUAUCCACCUUCAGUCGCGGUUAAAGGCCAAGAUUCUAGUCUUCAGGUGUUUUCCAUCUCUACCACGGCCCAUAACCCCAGCGCCGCCUUCGCUACCAUCGCCAGGAUGCCUGGCCCCGUACACGAGCUCCUUGCAUUCUCAGGCUCCAUCGUCCUGAUACGCAAUCAUAAUGAUCAACUCUUCGUCUGCGACGUACGCCGUGUGGGACACCGCAUGGAACUUGUCAGGCCUCCCCUCCCGCCUCCUCAAGCCGCACAACCAACUCAGGCUGAAGCAUGUUUUGAAACCCUUAUUUUCAACGACUUUCUAAUCAUCCUGCGAUCCAGGUUCCUUGCGAUCUACUCCCUCCAUUUAUUCCGUCAGGCAACGACGAGCCGAGGCGUCCUUCAUCCCUUGGCACAUCACGUUUGGCAAUGGAGUGUCGACUCUGGUCGUCUGGCCUUCCACACUUCCUACGCACGGGGUCCCCAGCCCAUCAGCGUUUUAAUCAGAUUCGCGAGCUCAUUCCCUUGGCCUACGAAUAUGCUCAAUCACUUCGUUAUAUAUCCCAACCCUCCAGGGUCACACUUGCUCUACGACUUCACUCCGAUUCAAGUGCAGAGCAUAUCUGCACCAUUACGGCUUUUUGCUCUAACUGACAUGGCCAUCGGGGAGUAUAAUACGGCGGUGUGGUUGGACACGGAUACAGAAAGUUAUUUCCUACAAGCAUCUUCGGGACAAAGACUUGCCGGAUGCAUACUUAGUCGUGUCAAUGAGGGUCGAGUCACUGACACGAAUGCUUCGACUGUCUACAACAUGCACGAAGGCGCCAGCUGGACCCGAGUGUCCUUAGAUGAGAGAAACGACAAGAUAGCAAUCGGAACGCUAGAUGGAAGGAUAAUUAUUUUGGAACUUGCGUAAGAUAGCUGCACGCUCUCGUUUCACCUGAAUUCUUACACUAAAUGCAGAUGACCCGAUAUGUCUGAUGUUUUUCAUGGUCUGCAUAUGCUUGCAUUGUACGAAGGCACGCCGAUGGUUAGUAUCAUACGUCUUUGAUUGACGGCAGAUAUGGUAAUUGAAGAUUGAUGAAAAUCUCAUGGAAUAGUAGCAAUAAGGACCUUCCUAUUAGGGUCAAUAAUCGAGACCAUACACAGAAAUGAGGUGCAUGU